AAAUUUUCCCGUAACACAUCCAAACUAUCAAAAUUCAGAUCGGAUAGGUUAUAAAUUGACGCUUUAUAUAAGGAAAUGUGGAUAGUGAUUGUCUAAUGGUAUAGCGUCUCUCGCCUUACUUGACAGGACAGACGGAGAAAGAAGGCAAGGUGGUGCGUCAAAAAUCAAUUAAAAUGGCAGUCUUCUCACCAUUUUCUCUCUCUAAGCCCCCCAUUCUCUUUCCAAAACCCCUCUCAAUGCGUAAUGAGAAACAGCCACGUUCAUGGAGGUGUAACCUAGAUUCUGAGGAACGUCCGUUAAAUCGCCGUCUCCUUGCCAUACGUGGCAUCAUGUCAUUGGCUGGAGCUGUGCUUGUUAACGGGAGCCUAAUGCCGCUAGGGUUGAGAGCAGAGGAAGAAGAAGCGGAAAGGGGUUCAGAGGAUGAGGAUAAAGGGUUUUUGGGGGAGAUACAGUCACUGUUCGACCCCAAUGAGAAAACUAAAUCCGGAAAGGUGUUGCCAAAGAGCUACUUAAAGAGUGCGAGAGAGGUUAUAGAGACUCUAAGGGAGUCAUUAAAGGAAGAUUCUAAAGACAUUUCCAAAUUUAGGAAGACAGCUGAUGCAGCUAAGGAAUCGAUCCGCAAAUAUUUGACUGGAUGGAAGGGCCAAGAAUCAAUAGUGAAAGAGGAAUCAUACGUGGCUCUUGAGAAAGCAAUCAGAUCAUUGGCAAAUUUCUACUCCAAGGCAGGUCCAUUUGCUACAUUGCCUGAAGAUGUAAAGUCUGAUAUUUUGGACGACUUGAACACUGCCGAGGCUUUUUUGUAGCCCAUGAUCAGAGUUCAUGAAUCACAAUAAUGAUACCUUUUAGAGCAUAAUAUGGAGGCUGGAUGGACAGACUACAUAUUCUUGACAGUCGGUUUUGGUCAGAUAAAAAGAAAUUGUGGGUUUCAUCAGCUGGCUCAAUGGUGAAGUGAAUAUUUAUUUAUUUAUUCUUGUACUAGUAUAUUUGACCAGUUUUGUUUAGUUAUAAUUGUAGAACGUAUAGAGGUUUAUUUUUAUUGGGAGAGAAAUCGAAUCCUAAGAUUUUCUUAUCCUUCAAAGAAAACCAUUCGUGAGAAA